GUCAGGCUGAGAUGGAAGGAAGGAGGAAACCGUUAGGUUAGGCCUUACAAGCAAAAGUACAAAUUUCAUUAAUCAGAGCUGGACACAGAAAGAUUUUAGUCGUACUUCUGUAUUUAAACAGCUGCGAGUGGAUUGGACUGAAAUGGGAGUAAAUCCCCAAACAUGGAAAGACUUAAGGUGGAGCUCUUGAAUACUCUGAAGAACUUAAAACAAGCUGACUUUGAAGAAUUUAAAUGGUUUUUGAAGCAGGAUAACAUCUUGGAAGGUCAAAAAGGAAUCCCAGAGGAUGAUAUGGAGAAGGCAAAGGAAAGAUGGCAGACGGUUGAUCUGAUGGUACGGAAAUAUAACGGCCCUGGGGCAAUGCAGGUGGCAAUUCAAAUUUUACAAGAGAUUAGAAAGAACGACCUGGUGGAGCAAUUAAAAGAAUUCUGUAAAGGACAAAAAGAUCUCAACCCUCGACCGAUACGGGUUUUGACAGACGGUAUUGGAGAAAAGGAAGCCGAGCUGGAAAAGCUUCGUGAGUUUGCAGUGGACGUUACUCUGGAUCCUGAUACAGCGCAUCCAGACCUCGUCCUCUCCAGCGACGGGAAACAAGUUUACGACACUGAUGUCACUAAAGAUCUCCCAAUGACCUCCAACAGAUUUGAUAAAUGUGCCAGUGUGGUGGCAAAGGAAACGUUUUCGUCAGGGAAGUUCUACUUUGAGGUCCAGGUUGAAGGGAAGACUGACUGGACUGUUGGGGUGGCCAGGGAAUCCAUCAACCGGAAAGGGAAAAUCAACCUGAGCCCUGACGAAGGAUUCUGGACCAUAUGGUUGAGAAACAAGGUUUAUGAAGCUUUGGCAGACCCUUCAGUUGUUUUACCUCUAAAGUCUCGUCUUCAGAAGGUUGGAGUGUUUGUGGAUUAUGACGAUGGUCUGGUCUCCUUUUAUAAUGUAGAUACAGCAGAUCUAAUCCACUCCUACAAAAAAUGCUGCUUCAAAAAGAAUCUCAUAAUAUACAUCAAUACAAGUAGUAAUAACCAAGGUUUAAACUCUGCCCCGAUAAUUAUAACUCCAGUAGUUCACAAGAUAAACAAGGCAGAGUUGAGGAGUGUCAAGGAGUUUGCUGUCGAGGUGACUCUGGAUCCAGAUACAGCUCAUCCUGAACUGAUCCUUUCUGACGAUGGGAAACGGGUACAUCAGGGAGAUGAGAGAAAAGACGUCCCGGACAACCCCAAGAGAUUCAGUGACUGUGUUAACGUUUUAGGAAAACAGAGUUUCUUCCGUCAAAGGUUUUACUAUGAGGUCCAGGUUAAAGGCAAGACAGACUGGACUCUAGGAGUCGCCACAGAAUCGAUUGACAGGAAAGGAGAAAUCACACUGCAGCCUGAAAGUGGUUUCUGGACUAUCUAUCUAAGGAACGGGGAGGAAUACGAGGCAUUCGAUAAACCCAUAGUGCGUUUAACAAGAAGGUCAAAUCCUCAGAGAGUAGGAGUCUUUGUGGAUUAUGAAGGAGGUCUGGUCUCCUUUUAUAAUGUAGAUACAGCUGAUCUUCUCUACUCCUUCAACGGCUGUUGCUUCGCUGAGUGUCUUCUGCCAUUCUUUAGUCCCUGUACCAACGUUGGAGGAACAAACUCUGCUCCACUGAUUAUUUCUCCUGUCAGUUUCUUUGACUAGAGCAAUAAAAUAUGGAAAAC